UUUUAGCUAACAUUAGCCAGUCGUCUUUUAGCUAACAUUAGCCAGUCAUCUUUUAGCUAACAUUAGCCAGUCAUCUUUUAGCUAACAUUAGCCAGUCGUCUUUUAGCUAACAUUACCUGCAUCCACUAUCGUUGCUCAACUCAGUUGGUUAGUUUCGGAAAAACUGUAUGAUUCUAACACACCUGCGCAGGUGUAAACCCAGUUAGCAUCUUAGCGCUGAUGUUGCGUUUAAAGGCGGCUCAGAAAAACAGAUAAAGAUGUGUUAAUAAUGAAUUAAACAAUUUUAUCUGCUGAAAAAAGUGACAGAAGGCACAGAUAUGGGAAGCAACUAGCCUGGCCACUCCAGGCCUGGAGGGUUUUCUGCAACUUUUAGAUGCAUCUCUAAUUCAGCACACCUGAGUCAAAAAAUGAGGUCAUUAGCAGGUCUCUGGAGAACUUGACUACAUUUAGGAGAUGAUUCAGCUGUGUUGGACCAGGGAGACAACCAAGAGUUGCAGGUCACCGGCCCUCGAGGACCAGGACUGCCCACCCUGCUACUGUAUCAAAUCAGACAACCCUGUUUUUCAGCUCAAAAGGUGUCAUACAGACAUGAGAGUCACACCAGGAGCUCAGAGGAUAUGUGUCAUUAUGUAGAAAAUUUCAUAUAACACAUCACCAUCCAACAUCUUCACAGUGCAGGACAUGCAUUUUCUGGCAAGGGGCAUUUGGAGGACCUGAUGACCUUCCUGGACCUUCUGGUGCCACCAGACUAAUUGAUCUUAUGCAUUCAUUAUGUUACAACAAAAGCUUUUAUUGGCAAAAUUCAAAUGGUCUGGAGUUCGGCACCAGCACCAUCCAGACCCUGACGGGAUAAGGGUGAAAAGAAACGCAUGGAUGGAUUUCUCUAAAUGAACAAUUAGAACAUCUCAUCUAAAUGAAACGAUGAGAUGAAUUAAAAUGCUUAAAGUUUUGACAUCAGCAGUAAAAAUGCAGAUUGGAGGAGAUAAAAACGCAGGAAGAUUCGUUUUUUUUCAGGCUGACAUGCUGUUGCUUCAGUGGCCUGCAGGGGGCAGCCUGGCCCAGCAGCUUGAAAAGCCUGUGAUUGGUGGAGGACAGGAGAUAUGAAGGCCAAAAUUCUGUACUGAUUGCUUAUCAUAAUCCCUCAUUGAUUGUCAUUAUCAAUUAUUAUUAAAUGAAGUUAAGGUGGAGCAUGGAGUCAGAGACAGUAAAUCAGAUUUCUUCCUCCAGAAGCUGUUCUUCCAUAUUUCUGCCAUUUGAUGUGAAAAUCAGCCCCACUGGUCUUCGUUUACACAUUUUGGAUCUCAGAGAAAAGUUUGCUUUCGCUGCUUGUUUUCUGGAUUUGACCUUCGAAAAGUUCUGGGUCAGCUGUUUGACACCAGAACCAAACCUUCCACGUGUUCAUCGUUUCAUCUGCUCUUCAUGGUUUGCUUGGAAGUUGAAUCGUUCUCAGAAAACCAACUUUGAGCUCUAUAACCGUUAGAAAAACCAAACAUCAGCUGAGCGUUGAGCUCUGAUUUCUGUUUCAGAGAUCAGACAUUAAUGAACCGUGAGAGAGCGUGACGGAAGCAGAGCCUCCUUCAAACGCUGCUUGUGUUUCUGCUGCCUCCUGACUGAACACAUGCUGCCGAUUUCAGGCUUUUAGUGCUGGAGCUGAGAGAGCAGGGCGACGCUCCACCCUGACUCCACCCUCCUCGGUGGGAGCGCCGGGCAGUUUGGAGCAGAGCAGCAGCAGAAAUGGACAGAGCGCGUCCUGCCUGGUUCCUGCUGCGCCUCCUGCUGACGGCCGCAGACCUGACGGCCGCAGACCUGACGGCCGCAGACCUGACGGAGGCCGCCGGCCCGCUGACGGACCCGGAGCGCGUCGCUGGGAGGCUGGUCUUCUACCAGACGGAGGGCAGCGCCACCUACCUGAGAGACUCGGGAGCACUGGCCUCAGGGGUUGCCACAGAGACCGUGUUUGAACUCUUGGGUCCUGAGAGGAACUUCAGCUCGGCCGGGUUCAGCUACACCUGGGACCUGGGGAACGGAGAGGUGAUCCGGGGAACCGAGCCGGUGGUGCGGUACCGAUACUCAGAGUCAGGAAACUACACGCUGCGGCUGAACGUCGGCGGUGACCCUCCGCAGCUCGCUCCUGCUGGAGUCUACGUCCAGGAAGUCCAAGUGCUCGAUGCCAUCAGGAGCAUCCAGCUGGUGGCGCCGUUGAACUACAGCGUGAACCAGAACUUCAGCCUGGACCUGCAGCUGGACGGGAGUCCUCCCAUGUGGGUUUGUUGGCGGUUCCUGAGGAACUGCGCCCCGGACCCGGCGCCAGGCUGCACGCUGACCCUGCUGCGUGCCGCCAGCCUGCGGUUGAGCCACGCCUUCGACUCGGCCGGCCUCCACUGCCUGGAAGUCAGCGCCCGCAACGCUGUGAGCGCGCUGCGGAUGACCUUCAGCCUUAAGGUCACGAGGAACGUUUGCUGCCACCUGCUGUUCAUCCUGAGCUGCGCCGCUGUUCUCGCUGCCAUCUUCUCUUUCAUCCUGGCCAUCGCCUGUCGCCCUCGGCAACUAAACAGCUCACAGGUCCCCGCUUCCAGCAACGCCACGUUUCUGAAGGACCACGGCUCUAAAGUCAUUCUCAGCUUCUCCUCUGUGGAGAAAGGAGAGAGAGCUCCCCUCAUCCUGCAGCCUGCGAGGCAGAACUGCUGCUGAACGCCGCCCAGGAGCUACAUGGAGCUGCAUGUUCACCUUUACUCACCUUUACUCACCUGUGUUUGGGACUGGAACCUCCUCAGUCAGCACUGCUGCUCACAUCUCCUGAUUGUUUUCUAGAUUUCUACCAGUGACCAUGUGAGUCACCAGACUCAUCCCGUUAUGGCUGUUAUCCUAAAUAAAGCUGAUCGACUAGUAA